GUUCAAGUAGUGACAGGCCGAUUGCUUACGCGGUAGGCGGGAAAUAAACCAGCCAAUCAGAGCUCGAGUUGAUCGAACCGUCUGGUCGACCAAUUGGCGCGUGUGGCUAGCUUGCUAACGGGAAGUGAUCCAUUCAGUCAGUGCCUCAAGUGAAGACAGGAACAUCUUCCACGCCUAUAACAGCUUCAACUCUUCUGGGAAGGAUUUCCACAAGGUUUAGGAGUGUGUUUAUGGGAAUUUUUGACAUUUCCACUAGAAGCGCAUUUGUGAGGUCAGACACUGAUGUUGGACGAGAAGGCCUGGCUCGCAGUCUCCGCUCUAAUUCAUCCCAAAGGUGUUCUAUCAGGGUUGAGUUCAGGACUCUGUGAAGUUCCUCCACACCAAACUCAUUCAUCCAUGUCUUUAUGGACCUUGCUUUGGUCACUGGUGUGCAGUCAUGUUGGAACAGGAAGUGGUCAUCCCCAAACUGUUCCCACAAAGAGCAUGAAAUUGUCUGAGACAUGUCUCCAGAUGAGCUGGUGUACCUGGGGAUCCUCGCCGCAUCCAUACCCGUGGGGGUCCUGUUCCGCUACCUAAGUCCUCCAGUGAAGCAGAAGGCAGCGCUGACGUUGGGUCUCCUCAUCACCAUAGCCACAUGCGGGAUACACACUUUACACUCACUGUGCACCGUGUUGGGAACGUGGCUGAUCAUCCGAGUCAACUGGAAAAAAGCUCCAUACCUAUCUCUGGGAUGGACGUUCCUUUAUCUUUUAUUCUUUCGGAUGGUCAAUUGGUUCGGACUUCCUUCUCCAUCACCAUUCGCUAAUGCCAUCCAGCUUCUCCUCACCCUGAAGAUGGUCAGCUUGGCGUAUGAGGUUCAGAGCUACCACUUCGAGAAGAAAAAGGACGUGAGCUCGUUUUCCAAGUCACCUGUGAUUGGCCGUCUCUCUCAAGAGCCCUCCCUCUAUGACAUCUUCUCCUACAGCUACUGCUACAUUGGGAUGAUGACCGGACCGUUCUUCCGUUAUGGGACGUACGUGGACUGGCUCGAACAGACCGAUCCUCUGUCUCUGCCAUGUAAAGCUCCGUGCCUGAGCAGGUUGAAGAUGGUUCCCAUGUACGCCGCUCUCUUCCUGGGUUUUAACUACUUGUUCCCAUUGUCCUACGUUCGCACCGACGACUUUAUGGAGCACAACUUUUUCUUCAGGUUUUUCUACAUGGUGGCAGUGUUCUUUGUGUUCCGCAUGCGGUUCUACUCUGCGUGGUGUGGAGCCGAGGCCGUCUGCAUCGCCGCGGGACUUGGGUGUUACCCACAGGGGGCGGAGUCUAAACCAGGACGCGGACCUACAGUACAAUACAGCCCUGAGCCCGGUGCUCUGGUCGAGUACGACUUCAAAACCAUCCAGAACAUCGACUGCUACAACACAGACUUCUGUGUGAAGGUGCGACACGGCAUGCGCUACUGGAACAUGACAGUGCAGUGGUGGCUUCAUGAGUACAUCUACAGCAGCGCACCAUUCAGAGCCUACGCCCUGAGAGCGGGAUGGACGAUGUUGGUCAGUGCAUACUGGCACGGUCUGCACGCAGGCUAUUACCUGUCCUUCCUCACCAUCCCGGUGUGUAUCGCUGCAGAGCUGGCCAUGGAGUCGUGUGUGCGCUCGCGUCUCGGCACCGAGGGUCAGAGGGUGUUUGACUGGGUGCACUGGUUCCUGAAGAUGCGUGCCUAUGACUACAUGUGCAUGGGCUUCGUCCUGCUGAAGGCCAGCGACACGCUGCACUACUGGAGCUCCAUUUACUUCAUCAUCCAUGUCGUGGCGCUCGUCUGCAUCGCCGUCGGACGCCUGAUGGGCGGGAAGAAGAAAGAGAAGAAGGAGGAGGAGAGCGAGAAGUGAUGCUCAGCUUAGCAAAAAAAUAAUAAUAAAUGCAGUGCAUUAUGGGAUUUCAGGAGUGCGCUGGGGUUUUCCUACAGUCUAAGAACUACAAAUCCCAGCAUGCACUGCUUCUUUAUAUUUAUAUAUAAAAGUCCCUGUUUUAGCUCUGUUUUUACCACACAUUCUGAAUCUUUCCCUACAAGCAGUCAGGCAUGAAGGAAGGAAAUGAUGGAGGGAAGAGAGAAGGAAAAGAUGCAGGAUAGGAACACACUGCUGAAGUUUUGGGGGCGUGUCAAAAACAGAGCUGAAGCCGAACAGAUUUCUAUGUUUCUGUGCCAUGCUAAAAGACUGAAAAUGAUGAACAGAUGGAUGGAGGAAAGAGAAGAAAAACAAAAAAAGCUAUCAAAAAGUUUCACGUGCCAGUACUGGUUCUGGAACCAGUGUACAAUUACUUCAUCUCCCAGCAUGCACUGCUCAUUAGUGUUUCAUGUCUUUAGGACAUGAGGGGAUUAGCAUUUCAAACACAUUUUCCCAGAAUGCACUGCUUCUGUGCCAACAUCAAGAAGAAAAGCACUUGUUCUUCUCAAUUUCUCUGCUCUGAGGAUGUUAAGGUUUACAUUAGAAAAGGACGUCGCGCUACGUUAGCGAGUUAGCCAAACCAAGACGAGCAACUCCAUCUCCCAGCAUGCACUGCUUCUCUACUAACUGCCAUGCGCUCAGUAUUGUGACAUGAGCCAGUGUCUAAAGACUACAUUACCCAUCAUGCAUCAGCUUUAAACAGCCAACCCAUUCACUGCCAUACCAACAUGAGCACAGGUUCCAGAGGGUCGUGUGACGGGGGAUCACGCUAUGCUACAAGAAAGUGAGCGUCAAAGUGAGACAUUGCGUGUGCUAAUUCCAAGAAUUUUACAAAGCCUCAUGGGAGUUGAAGUCCAUCAUUGUUUUGUAGUGUUUUUAUACGUUCUUUGUUUUUUUUUGUGGUGGGGUGCCAACAUUUUAUUUCUGUCACUUUAUUAUAACUUUAUUCUUUUUCUGGAACAUUCUCUAUGGAGUCUAUUUCCUUUGGUGGUAUUACUGUACGUUUUUUUUUUUUGGAAAGGGAAUUUCCGGAAAUGUGCUUGGUAACAAGCGUUGGCUUCUCUGUGGAAUCAUUAGACACGUUCGUUAUGAAGCAGAAUCGUCACCGUUGUGUAGACUGUUUGAGAUUUACACCUUAAUUCACAUAAUCAUUCACGCUUUAGCUACAAACGCUUCAUAUUCACCUUCGUACUUUUCACACUCACUCCAUCUCCCUGAGCGUGAUUGUAUAAACUCUGUGUAUAUUUUUAAGUAUUUUACACGAGGAAGGUGUUUCACUCUUCCGCCAUGAGACUAAACCGUCGUGUGUUGAUAUUAAAAAGUUCAAGUUGAAAUGAA